CCUCUAGCGGCUCGCCGGCUCCAGGUUGAUAUAGAUUCAUGAGCUCGGAGCUGUGUCUAUCGACGCCCACCGCAGUGCUCGACUCAUUCUAAGUGCUAGGGAAUCUGCGAUGCCCGCGAAGACAGUACCCGACCGGUCCAUCAAGAUAUGCGCCGACCGCGGCGGCACGUUCUGCGACGUGCACGCGUCGUUCCCUGACCCCGAGAGGCCAGACGAGAGGAAGGAGAUCGUUGUGAAGCUGCUAUCGCAGGACCCGGGGAACUACAGCGAUGCCCCGACGGAGGGCAUCCGGCGCGUGCUCGAGAUCGUUACUGGCGAGCAGAUAGCCAGGGGCAGCACCCUGAACACAGACAAGAUCGACUACAUCCGGCUGUCGACGACGGUCGCGACAAACGCGCUCCUCGAGCGCAAGGGCCACAAGCACGCGCUGCUCAUCACGCGCGGCUUCCGCGACCUCUUGCUGAUAGGGAACCAGUCCCGCCCGAAGAUAUUCGAUCUGAACAUCCGCCGGCCGCCCCCGCUGUACUCGACCGUCUUGGAGGUCGACGAGCGGGUGACGCUGGUGGGGUACACGUCUGACCCGAAGGCCGAGCAACAUGCGGUCCAGUUCGACGAGCAGGGGAGGGUGAAGAGGGGGUACAGAGGGAAGGGGUGGGACGGGCAGGGCGACGCGGAGGGCACGGGGGAGGUCGUGCAGGGGUUGUCGGGCGAGGCGGUGAGGAUCAUGCGGAGACCUGACAUGGUCAAGGUGCGCGAAGACCUGCAGAAGCUCCACGCCGACGGUUACCGCUCGAUCGCGAUCGUCUUCGCGCACUCGUACACAUAUCCCGAGCACGAGCUCCAGGUCGCCGCGCUCGCGCGCGCGCUCGGCUUCACGCACGUCUCCGCGUCUUCGCAGCUGCUGCCGAUGAUCAAGAUGGUGCCGCGGGGCGUGUCGUCCACCGCGGACGCGUACCUCACCCCGAUCCUGCGCGAGUACCUCGACGGGUUCUUCUCGGGCUUCGACGCGAAGCUGAGAGACGGCAAGGUGAUGAGCCCGCGGGUGGAGUUCAUGGGCAGCGACGGGGGCUUGCUGGACCUGACCAACUUCUCGGGGCUCAAGAGCAUAUUGAGCGGGCCCGCUGGGGGCGUGGUGGGGUAUGCGCUGACGAGCUGGGACGAGGAGAGGAAGAUUCCGAUCAUUGGCAUCGAUGUCGGAGGGACUUCCACGGACGUAUCGCGCUACGCCGGACGCUACGAGGUCGUGUAUGAGACGACUACUGCUGGCGUCACGAUCCAGUCUCCUCAGCUGGACAUCAACACCGUCGCCGCAGGUGGAGGGUCCUGCCUCACCUUCCAGAAUGGUCUCUUCCUCGCGGGCCCACACAGUGCGGGUGCCGAGCCUGGUCCGGCAUGCUAUCGCAAGGGCGGUCCCUUGGCGGUGACGGACGCGAACCUGGUGCUCGGUCGUCUCGUACCGGACUACUUCCCGAAGAUCUUUGGCAAGUCGGAGAAGGAGCCCCUUGACAUCGAGGCGUCGCGAUCUGCGUUCGACAAGCUCGCUCAGGAGAUCAACGCUUCUGUCAGCGAGGACAAGAAGAUGGAUCUCGAUGAGAUUGUCUACGGGUUCAUCAAGGUCGCCAAUGAAACGAUGUGCAGGCCGAUCCGUGCUCUCACUGAGGCGAGAGGGUACGCGACGUCGAGACACAUCCUCGCAAGCUUCGGAGGCGCAGGCGGCCAACACGCAUGCGAGAUUGCCCAGCUGCUCGGGAUCAAGACCAUCCUCAUCCACCAUUACAGCUCCAUCCUCUCCGCGUACGGUCUCGCUCUCGCAGAUCGUGCGUAUGAGCUGCAAGAGCCCUCGUCGACCUUCUACACCGCCGAAAACCGCCCCACCCUCAAGGCACGUCUGGACAGGCUCGAUGCCCAAGUGCGCGAGGAGCUCAAGCGCCAAGGCUUCGAGGACGCGCGCGUCCACACCGAGCGCAUGCUCAACAUGCGCUUCGACGGCACCGACACCGCGCUCAUGGUCGUCCCCGCGCCCGAGGACGGCGACGGGCACGAGGACUUCGAGGCCGCGUUCCGGCGCGUGUACAAGGCCGAGUUUGGGUUCCUCCUUGACACGAAGUCGAUCAUCGUUGACGACGUGAAGGUGCGCGGGAUCGGGAAGACGUUCGACACCCUCGGCGAGUCCGUGUACAAGGAGGUCGAGAGGCUCGAGAGGAAGCCGGUCGAUAGGUCGAGGGCGGACUCGACAUACAGCACGUACUUUGACGGCGUUGGACGCGUGCAGGAUACCCCGGUGUUCUUGCUCACGUCGUUGAAGCUCGGGGACACGAUCAAGGGCCCGGCCAUGAUUAUUGACAACACGCAGACGAUCGUGCUCAUACCCGGGGCGACGGCUGUCUUGACGAGCAAGCAGUUGUAUAUCACGCUCGAGGACGAUAAGGAGAAGAAAUAAACAAGUAGGAUAUAGACGUUGUGUAGGAUUGCCCGGCUGUAGUAUGCCAUGCAUCGUAGAAGUGAAGUGAACUUCGCUGUAGCUAUAGUGUUAACCCGAUGCACCUGUCAAGAUUCUUGAUCAUGUCCUCAGUCUUUCGAGGUUCCAUGUUAGAUGGACGCAGGCGUGCAGCCGGAGAUGCUGGUGAGCUGAGACGGGCAGUUGACUUGUUUGUAAGUGAUUUGCCACUCAUUCACGUCACCUCCCGCCCAUUGCCAGCGCCAAUGGCACCCGGCCUGCAAGUUGGAGGGCAACUCCGAGCACUGGGAGUCAGAUGUGACACCUCCAUACUGACGUCCCCAACCGCCAGAGGGCGCGCCGUAUUGUGCCGUGCAGGCGUUGUAGUCUCCUACGCCUCCGCCAGGUGUGUAAAUAUCAAAGUCGGUGUCCGUAAUACCACCCGCGUUGAUGGCCUGGACGAUCAUCGACUUGCCCGCGGCGGCGCCGGACGUCCACGUAAACUGGUAGCACUUGCAGCACGUUGACGUCGCGGUGUUGCCGUGGCCCGCGAAGCCGUACGAGAGCGUGUUGUUCACGAUGAUCGGCUGGUACUUGUCGCACGAGAAGGCUAGGUUUCCUGAGGAAGCAAAACACGCGUUCUGCGCGCCCGACGCGGCGGGGCCAUUGCUUUUGUUACAGGACUUCACGGGGCCCUUGGCGCCCGAGGAGAGGUUGGAGGCGUACCCGCAUGCGGGCUCACAGCAGUCCCAUGUAGUAGUCGUCGUGCCUGAGGUUUGAGCAUGCAGGCAGGUCGCGGCGGAGAGAGCUGCAAGGAUACCGAGGAAGAGGGCGCGAGAAGUGAACAUUCUG